CAGCCCCUUCCUCCAGCUCACCAGGGCCUGGGGAACCUUCCUGACCCUGAGAGCACAGUCCCUCUUCCCCCAUCCUGCCCCAUACUGGCUCGGUGGAGAGGGCCCUGCUCUGUGGCCCUUCCUGUAACCCUGCUCAGGUACUGGCACUGCUCAGGCACUCAGCCAUUAUGGGAGGAUGACUCCCUGAGCCCCACCCUGGAAAGGGGAUCCCAGGCUGCUCCCCCAGGGACUGUCAAUCAUUCAGUGAGGAGCCAUCCCAGUCCCUCCCCGCAACGGGGCCUGGCAUGGCCACCAGGUCCGAGGUUCCUGCUGCUGGGCCCCUGCUGACCUGUCCUCCACCCCCCCAAGACAUCACUGAGGACAAACUGGACAAGAAGUUGUGGCCCUUUGUGUUGGACCCGGUCCCUGCCACCAGUUCCCAGGCUGCUGUCAGCCUGGGACAAGUCUCGCCCUGCAGCCCCUCUCCGCUGCGUGUCUCCAGCUUCUCGGAGACGCUGGUGGCCACCGUACGGAGCUGCGGGAUAUGCUGCCGCCUGUAGUGCACCCCUGUUCCAGGGGCUCGAUUGGCUGAGCUGCCCGCGGAGCAGGACCCAGGUGCUUCAGACCUGGGUGGAGGGCCCCGACAAAGCCCGCUCUCAGCUGCUGAUUGUGGACCGGAGCUUCAACCUGGUGUCCCCACUGCUGCACGAGCUCACCUACCAGACCAUGGCCUACGACCUGCUCGGCAUUGAGAAUGACACCUACAAGUACGAGACGACAGGGACCAGCGACUUGUGGGAGAAAGAGGCGCUGCUGGACAAAGACAACGAACUCUAGGUGCAGCUACGGCACAUGCACAUCGCUGACAUCUCCAAGUGUUUAUAAUGAGGUUGUUUCCCUCUUGGCACAUAUGGAUGACCAAGAUAAGGACAAAAUUGCCCUCAGGAUUGCCUGUAUAGCUGAGACCAAGCUGGCUAGCGUUGUGACAGUUCUGCUAGAGAAACUGCAACUGGAUGAGCAAAACAGAGUAGACAUUUACUGUAUCCUGGAGAAGGUAUUACAGCAGGACACCGGGGACCUGGAGAGAGGGCUACUGAACAAAACAAUAACCCUAGCCUUAAACCACAUGAGAGAGACUCAAGAAGCAACAAAUGAAGUCAAAGUGGCAGCUAGCAACACGUUAGUGACUCUGGCACGCUGCUAUUUUGAUCAUGUCAUGUCUGAGCUGCUCUGUCAUCUGAAACCACCAAAGCGGUCUGAAGAAUUUGUUUUAAUUACGUUGGGAAACUUGUCAUCAGCCUAUGCAUUUAAGUGUAUCCCUUUUGUGAGAAUAACCCUGAACGCCAUGUUCUCCAUGUUGGAGUUAGUCAAUGACAGCCGGAUGAGACAAGCAUUUUGUGGUGUUCUGGAAAAAUGGUCAAGGGCAGUAAAGCUCUUUUUGACUAACUGGGAAAAGUGCCCAUUCCCUAUAGCGGGUGAAUUGCGACUCUGCAAUCAUUUUCUUCCCAUGUAUUCUCAUGUGACCAGCAACUGGCUGACCUGUGAGGAGCCGGAGCUCAAGCAGGCAAUCAUCAAAGCCCUUGGUGCCAUGAUGAGCCUUCUGCUCCAUAAAGAGGAGUAUCGGGAUCAGAUAUUUGAAACGAUCUCAUGGCUCCUUGAACAAUAUAAGGAGGACACUCAUGUUUUUCACAUCACGAAGAGUCUGAGCCAGCUCUUGGAGGUCUCUGGUGAACAUAAGAUCCCUCUCCCUAAAGGGGAGUUUCGAGCCAUCUGCAGUGCUCUGCACAAGCAGAUCUGUUCUCAAGCUAAGCCGCUCAGCACAGAAAAUCACGCAGAGCUGGUCCAUUGUAUAAUUCUGCUAGCCCGUUCUUCUCCGGAGGAUCUGAUAGCAUUUCUGCACUCCCAGCUGAAGAUUAAGAAUGAGGCUGUUUGCGUGACGUCUUUGAAUCUGCUCAGAGCUAUUGUUGAUGCUGACUUGCCCGAGACAGGAGAUAAAAAGUAUCUGAUUGUGAAGGCAGUGAAAUCCACUCUGGGUGAUCAGAAUGCUACGGUAAGAGUGUGUGUGGAGCAGUGA